GCGCCCUCUGCGCAGGCGCGGGGCUGCUCGCGCCCCCGGUCCCGCCGGACGCGGCCCGGAGCGGCGGAGAGCGGUGGAGAAUUACAGAAAAAUGUUCACUUACCUGGAGCUGACAUUGCCUCUGCGAUGGACUGGUGUCCUGCUGUUAUCGGAUCUCUCGGAAACACAUGCUGAGCUCACCCUGAGACCCCACAGCUGAACUGUGUAAGAUACCUCACUUUCAGAAUUGGAGUCAGGACAAUGUGUUGCCUCCUUUAAUUACAGUCUGAGAAUUGGUUUCAGAUGUGGAAGAAUGCAACAAAAAGAAAUGAAAAAUCCAAGAGUCCACUGAUGACUAACUAAAGUCUCUGUUCUCAUGAUUUAUGUGAUUUGCUUCUCCUGGAGCCAUGGAUGAAUACAGCCGCUUUGUGGACUGGGACAAAAUGGAUGUGAGUGCCCAGAGCCAGGAUACAAAAGAGCUCACCUGCACAGACUUACACGAGCUCAAGCAGCUCGCCCGGCAGGGCUAUUGGGCCAAAAACCACUCUCUGAGAGCCAAAGUGUACCACAAGCUCAUCAGCAAUAUCCCAUGCCGUACAGUGACCCCGGAUGCAAACGUGUACCGGGACAUCGUGGUGAAGAUCGUUGGAAAACGCAGCAGCAGCUCCCUUCCACUGCCAGAGUUCGUGGACAACAGCCUGAUCCCUACGUACUGCCUGAAUGCGGAAGGCGUCGGGGCCGUCAGGAAGAUCAUUCUGUGCAUUGCCAAUCAGUUCCCAGACAUCUCGUUCUGCCCGGCGCUGCCCUCGGUGAUUGCGCUGCUCCUGCACUACAGCAAGGACGAGGCCGAGUGCUUCGAGCAGGUCUGUCGCAUCCUGGCUUGCAAUGACCCAUCCAAGAGGCUCAUCGACCAGACCUUCCUGGCCUUCGAGUCCUCCUGCAUGACCUUUGGGGACCUGGUGAACAAGUACUGCCAGGCAGCCCACAAGCUGAUGGUGGCAGUGUCCGAGGAUGUGCUGGAGGUGUACUCGGACUGGCAGCGGUGGCUUUUCGGAGAGCUCCCCAUGGCAUACAUUGCACGGAUCUUUGACGUCUUCCUGGUGGAGGGGUACAAAGUUCUCUAUCGUGUCGCACUGGCCCUUCUGAAAUUCUUUCACAAAGUCAGAGCUGGGCAGCCCACGGAGUCUGACAGCAUCCAGCAGGACAUUCGAGCCUUUGUGAGGGAUAUCGCCAAGUCGGUGUCCCCAGAGAGGCUCCUGGAAAAAGCCUUUGCUAUCCGCCUUUUCUCUCGGAAGGAGAUCCAGCUCCUGCAGAUGGCCAAUGAGAAGGCUUUGCAGCAGAAGGGCAUCACAGUCAAACAGAAAAGUCUUGCACCUCCCAAAAGGCAGAAUGUGCACUUGGCAGUUCAUGCUGAGAACUUCAAAUCAGAAAUUGUGAGUGUGAAGGAGAUGCGGGAUAUCUGGUCAUGGAUCCCAGAGCGAUUUGCACUGUGCCAGCCUCUUCUGCUUUUCACCACCUUGGAACAUGGCUGUAGUUUGAGCAGGUUCUAUUCCCACAGCGAGGGACACGAACCAACUCUGCUCCUCAUCAAGACAACAGCAAAAGAGGUCUGUGGGGCUUACCUGUCCACUGACUGGAGCGAGCGCCGGCGAGGAGGGAACAAGCUGAGCUUCUUCGGAACAGGGGAGUGCUUUGUGUUUAGGCUGCAGCCAGAAGUGGAACGCUACGAGUGGGUGAUCAUAAAACACCCAGAACUGGCCUCGACUGGAUCAGAGACAGAAAACCAUGCCCAACCAGCUUCUAGUGCCCUUUCCUCCAGCAGCAUCCCCUCAGAUCCUUCAGAUCGCCUUUCUCCCUUCUUAGCAGCUAGGCACUUCAACUUGCCUUCCAAAACAGCCUCCAUGUUCAUGGCUGGCAGCAGUGAGUGCAUCAUUGUAGGAGGUGGUGAUGGCCAGGCUCUGUACCUUGAUGCAGAUCUGAACCACGGAAGAACCAGCCACUGCAACACUUUCAAUAACCAGCCACUGUGUUCUGAAAGCUUCCAGAUCUCCAUCCUGGAGGUGUGGGGCUUCAGGGACACCAUGAAUGGUUGAUGUGACUAUCAUUAAUCAGCUAGUUUUUCAGUUGCCCAAGGUAAAUUCCGAUACAGGAGCUAAGUUAGAACAUCCUUUCUGCUGGACUCAGUGCUGUUAGUCAUUCCUAAGUGGUGCACUUGGAUGCAGGCCUAGUUGUUUACUCUUAUUUUAUUUAAGACAGGUCAAGGUGAAAUAAUGUAUCUGAUUGACUGUUUGCCCUUUUACCUCUGGAGAUCUGUAUUCAGGGACUUCUGGUAAAAAUGAAAAUGUGAUGAGUUCAGAGCCAUGCUAGAUGGACACAGGUCCGAAUCAUGGGGUAGGUUUGAGUCCACAGUUCCUCAGAGGCACAGCCCUGGCUGAGCUGUGCUGCAGAGCUCUGAGCCACUGGCACCAGUACCUGGCCUGAGCCAGGAAUAUCAAAUGUCUCCUCACAGGGAACACUGGUGACCUCAGAUCUGACAUAGAAUAGUGGUUCAUAAAAUCACUGCCCUCCUAUGAGCAGAUGUACAGACAAAUCAGUACCAUUACGUUAUGAAGCUGUUCAUUCACACCAAAACCAUGAUUGCUGAUCUUGUACCAAAACCUUUUACAUGUUCCAGUUUCAUAUGUUAGAGCAGUCUGCCUCUGAGAAAGGCAUCCAGGCUGGACAGUGAUAUCUCCAAGUCUUGAUUUUGUUUACAUUCCUAUUCCAUAUCAAUAUGAUGACUUCAGAGUGACUCCCUGUGUCAGACAGCUGAAAGCCAGAGUAUCUGCCGUGCUCAGAAAUGUUCCUUUCCUGGGAGCUGAAAUGAAGCUUUAAAUCUGAAAAUAACUGUGCUGAUAUCCCUGUGUGUUUGGGGAAUUAGACCUGGUGAUAACAGGAGCUUAGUCCUCUCCCCUCGAGUAAAGAGAGGAAGGCAGGAGGCAAAUCUGGGAGUGAAUGGAUUUCCCAGGAGAACUAGAGGCAACACUGUUUUUCCAAAUGUCUUCCCAGUGAUGAGGUCCCUCCUGAGAAGCUAACAGUUUUCUUCCUGUAUAUUCUGGUAGGAUUUGGGUGAUGAAAAGAGGCUUUGCUCCUUCUUGAACAUUCCUACAUUCUCUGCAGGCGUGCCCUGUGGCAUGCGUUGUCUGGAGGCAAUUCUCCAAAGUCUUUAUCCAAAAAUUGCACUAUCUGUUGUGGAAAUUCUCCCACAUGGAGCACAAAUACAUAAAUGUCAGUGAGUAGUCCAGAGCAUACAAUAGGAUGCUCAGAGCUUCAGUGAGUAACUUACUAGUAAGAUUUAUCACAACAGGGAAAAUGAAGGGAAAGAGAAAUUGCUGAUUUUCUAAACAGUUCAAUCUAAAAAAUUGCUGUAGAUUGGGAUUGCUAUUUAAUGUUAUUGCUACUUAAGCUUGAAGUUCAAUAAAAGAAAAAAAUCUAAAUGAAUAAUGUUAAAAUCUAGGCUUGACAGGGUCGCAUUCAUGUUCAGAGGUCUGAGGUGAGUUUUUGGUCAUGCUGGCUUGUCCAGCUUGCCAGCCAUGAGAGUACCUCAUGGCUUGGGAAGGAGUUGCCUCUUGCAGAGUAUAUUAAUAAACUUGGCAUAAAUAAGAUUUGCUUUAUAAGGUGCCAUUUUGAAUUUUUGUCAAAAUAAUUCUUUGAAAAAUUAGCCUAUGUGCAGAACAAUUUCAGAUGUCUUUUGCACCAUUUGUAUUUGCACUUGGAUUCUCUCACCCUGUCUGAGAGUCAGCAUUGGCCUCCCUUUCUCCUUCCCACACAGUGAAUUCUGACCAAUUGUCUUUUCACGGGUUUAUCAUAAGCUUGAUUGAACUGCAAGAGGUAAUUCAGUUAUACUGAUAUAUUUUGAUGUGGAAGAACUCAGUCAUAUCUGGCUUUUUGCAAAUACUGGCUGAUGCUGCCUUCUAUUUUUCCAAGGCACCCGUGUCUCUUUGCCCUUGCAGGUAUCCCACAAGCUUCUUCAGACAAAAGAAAUCACUCAGAAAGUAUAGGUUCUGCUUAGUGUAGGUGGGAUUUCUGUUUGGUUUGCGUCUCGUCUUUUGAGCUUGUCUGAGGAGGUGCCCUUGGGAACAAAAAACAACUCAAAAACACAAUAAUAUUAAUUUCCAUCUUGUUGUCAGAAAUUUCCCAGAGCUGUGUGUUGGUAGGAUUUGUGGGAGUGUAAUGUUCUACUCCAAAUGAAUAAAUUUUAUCUGCAAAAACUUGUCUGCAUCUGGCAGUGUGAUGGGAUUUCCUGGCUCCCAUCCCUGCUGGGUGCAACUAUGUUAAUACCUCGUCUUAAGCCAUAUCUAAGAAACCUUCCUCAGAAACAUGUUCCUUUCCCUGCUCUGUUCUUGGUGCACAGCAGUUUGGGUGUUUAGAAUCUGAAAUAACUUGUGGUUCCUCAGAAACUCAUCAUAGGAUAUCAGUGUGAGAAUCCAAGGAGCAGUACUGGAUGGCAGGCAUGGGACCGGUUUGGCUUGACGAAGUACUGCCCUGCCACAGCCACCAUGUGGGACUGAUCUGUGUGGGUUGAACUGGAGUCGCCUGGAUGUGCAAGAAACUGCAAUAAUCCAGGGAGAGCAGUUCUACAGUGCUGCAGCAACUUCAUACAAUCCUUGUGUUCAGCAAAAAUGGAUAUUCCUUGUCAUGUGCAAGUCCUCAUCCAUUAUUCCUGUUGUGGUUGUGAGACACCUUAGAUAUAUGCAGCAUUUUGACUUGGUUAUCCUUCCAGUAGCAGAGAGGCAUUUUUCCUGUCUGUGAAGUUAAUGGUUAUUGCUGACCAACUGUAUAUCUAAGUUCAUGCAAAACUCUUUGAGAUAGAGGCCACAGGCUGGUUUUGAAGACAAUGACUACCAUGGAUACUUUAUCAGAAAGUGGAGUUAUCUCAAGUACUCUAACCAUGAAGUGCUUUAGUCAGUUGUUACUUGCAGCUCUGCACACCUGUUGAGGUAGGCUGUAAUCCCUGUUUGUGAUCUUGCUGGCAGCACCAAGAGUGCCAGAGUUAUGGGAUGGGCUUGGGCUGGGAGCUGCAGACUAGGCAUUGGUCACCACAGUUCUGUGAGACCAUCUGUGCUUUCCUGAAAAGCUGCUUUUUGCUCUGUCAUGCUCCUUAAAGGCAGAAAAUAUUAGAAACUCCUAACAUCAGAAACCUGACUUCACUGUAAAUGUCAACCAAACUGUUUGCAGGCCAUGGGAACUGUAUCCAGCUGCAGCCAGGCUGGACAGACUUCACUGCACCUGAGCUGUCUUUCCUGCAGCUCCUGCACUUUGGCACACUCCUUUUUCUGAUGCAGCACAUUAAUCAAACUCCUGUUAAUAGAGACAAAUCAGCCAAUGCAAGGGAAAAAUUCUCAUUUCCUCUCUGAUGACAUAGUUGAAGUGAAAAUGGAAUGGUGGCCAGUACUGUUCUUUGAAGAGUUAAACCAUGCCAAUAGAGAUCUGUGGUGAGCCACAGAGGGGUGACGUGCAGAUCCAUGAACUGCUCUUCAUGUGUGUGUAUUGAAAUUGUGUAUCUUUGUCCUUGGAAAUUCAUCCUCGUUUUUGGUGGAGCAUAAUCUGCUCUGCCCAUGGGGACACUGAUGCCACAGUCAGGAGCUGACCCACAACCGUGGCAGUGCAAGAGUUCGGCUCCUGCGAGUGGCACUGAGUCAGGCUGUCGGGUACAGCCAAGGCUUGGGCACCUGGCUGUUCUGCAGCUCUCUGUCAUGGAUUUCAGACUAUUCAUAGUCAGAAUGAACGUGUGUGUACUAUUUGGGGUGAUGUUUUCUUCGGAUGAGUGGUGACGUGCUGCCAAGUUGGUUUUCUACCCUAUCUUGGAAUCACUGCCCUAUGUCAAUGGUAUUUUUGUCACUGUGCAGAAUCUUGGGUAUUAAAGGUAUUUGACUGUG